ACACACCUGAUUCUGGCGUGCAGUCUUGCCUGCCACUGGAUUCCCCUUGCUUCCGGACGAUCAAGGUCUAUGAGCCGUUCAGCAUGUGUGCCUUCUGAUUGCGACGCGACAACUUCAACUUCGUUACAUGGCUGAUUCGCUCAAGAUCAGCAUUGUGACCAACGACGAAACGGACCAGAGCGCAAGCAGCGGAGAUAUCGAGCCGGGCAGCUCGCUUUCUCAAACUCCUGUUCAAGCGCUCAGAGACCAUCCGCGCGAGCUGCUGUGGUGUCUCUACACAAUAUUUGUGCUGGUUCUCAGCAGUUUCGACAACCAAGCUGGAGGUGUUGUACUUUCGAUUCCUCAAUUUCGAAAAGAUUUCGGCUCGCCAUACAAUGGCAAUUAUGUGCUGUCUGCAGAGUGGCAGUCUGCGUACAGUGGCGCGCCGGUCCUUAGUUCGAUUAUUGGGCUACUGAUAUCUGGUUGGCUUGCAGACAGGAUCGGUAGAAAACGAAUGCUCGCAAUUGGCUAUGGCAUUGUCUUCAUAUCGAUUACCAUCGAAACUUUGUCAACUACCAAUCUGGUCUUCUUUAUUGGCAAGUUUGUCGCAGGCUUCGCUAUAGGCGCUUUCACAACUACCGCCCUCACGUACUUGGGAGAGGUGGCUCCGCGUCCUGCGAGAGGCAUACUUACCGCGGCGGCUGGUAUGGCGUUGACAGUAGGCCCUUUCAUCGUAUCUAUCGUCGUCAAAGGCACGGGUGAUCGGUCCAAUAGGUGGGCCUAUCGGUCUGUUUUCUUGGCUCAAUAUGGGUUCGGUGCUGUCGGUGCUAGCCUCCUACCUCUCAUGCCCGAGUCUCCAUGGUGGCUGUUAAGUAAGGGUCGGAACGUGGACGCCGCCCUUGCUCUCUCCCGCUUCGGAUAUACUGCAGAGCAGGCACAAAUUUACGCCGCUGCUGCUAGCACGACACUUGACCGUGCCAGAGAAGAGAUGGAAGGCGUCACCUAUCUGGAGUGCUUCCAGAAGAGUAAUUUACGACGGACCAUCAUCGCAGCAGCGCCUCUGGCCAUCCAAGCCCUCAGCGGGCUCUUCUUUGUAUCAUCCUACUCGACUUACUAUCAGCAACUGGCUGGAUAUGAUACUCCCACGACCUUCAGCCUUGGUAUUGUUCAGAAUAUACUUGCCAUGACUGGCAAUGCGUGCUCUUGGUUCUUGAUCGACCGAGUUGGUCGGAGACCCUUAUCGUGCUAUGGUAUGCUUCUUCUGACUGCCUUACUUCUGAUCACUGGAGGGCUUGCUUGUGUCGGGACCAAAUCAGCCACAAAGGGAACGGUAGCAUUAUUGUUGCUAUACAAUUGGCUCUAUUCGAUCACCAUCGGCGCUACAGCAUAUCCGAUAUUGAUAGAGACACCGACAAGUCGCUUACGGAUCAAGACUGCUGCGAUAGGACUGACGUUACAGAACGGGCUAUUCGUGAGUCUCGCCUAGAUGUCUCCACAAAACUGUCUAACUUUUUCAUAGGCGAUGUGGGCAUUCGUCAUCCCAUAUUUGUUUAACCCGGACCAAGCAAAUCUUGGAGCUCGAGUGACCUUUAUCUUUGGCGCUUUGGGGGUACUGUCGACCGCGUAUCUAUGGAUAUGUCAGCCAGAGACGUCUGGACGUUCAUUUGCGGAUCUGGACGAAAUGUUCAUCAAAGGAGUAUCUACACGGGGCUUCAAGGCAUAUGAAACGGAAGCUACCAGUGGCCUUCGCUUGAGAAUUCUCACGGUGUACGAUGUACCUGUUCCGUAGUCGCCAAGAUAUACAUAAUAGGAGAGCUUUCUGUCUGGUGAUACUGUACUGAGAUCUGACUCGCGAUAUUUC